CAAGACUUUGCCAAAUACAUGACAUUAAAGACACAGCUCAACUUCUAAUCUUAGAGGAAUUAGUAAAAAUUUCAAAAUAACAAGAAAUAUCUGGCAAUGGCAAGCUCAAAAGACAUUGCUUUGACUGUCAUAAAUACUUUGACUCAACCGCCUAAAAUAUCCAACUAUUCCACAUCGGUGAUUGAGGGAGCGGUACUGUUUGGGGCCUUAAAUAAUCUACAAGAUUCCAAGGAAGAAUUCUGUUUCACCUACACCAUAGACAGAAAUUUCGGAUUGUAUCUGGAGAGUGUGAAUAAUGUGAAGGGGUCUAAAGAGGACCACACAUUCUGGCAGCUUCUGACUAAGACACCAAGUGGUGAAGUGCCGCUGACAACUGGCAUUGGCUGCUACCAACCUAAAAAAGAUGAGCAUAUAAUCCUGAAGUUCAGAAAGUGGGACGAAAAAACAUGCAUUUAAACAUGUUGAACUAGUAUGCAGCAUGUAUGAAAGAGUAAGCAAUAUGAAAGUGAAUAAAAG